UUUGUGUAUUUUCCAGUUAUUCGAUAUCCACGAUAUAGUUACUAUUAUAGUUAGACUAGUUAGAGAACAGAGACAUUACUACAUUGUCUACAUUAGAGACAGAGCUCUAGACACUAAUACACUAGGCAGUCGUCACUUCGUCAAUCGUUACUCGCGUUUGCAUAUUAUUUACGUUGUUUUAACUCACAAGUUGAGUUUUAUAGUUAAUUUCUCAAUACCAUUAACUCUAACACUGGUCACAUUAUAACAUUUAUUGUUUAAAAGUUGAUAUUAAGUUUACAAACAAAUUGCUGGUAUACAGUAUUUUAUUUUAUGCUUACGGUUUAGUGACAUUUCUUUUUUGGUCGAAUAAUGCUCGUACUGUAAAUUGCAAAUCAUAUGAGUAUAAUUAUAUCUCGAAUAAAUUAAUACAAUCGGGCUGUGAUUCUGAAGAAUAAUCAUGGCCGAAAGUUCGAGCUUGUGGACAACAAAACAAAGGAUUCGUCAUUUAGAUCUACCUAUCAAAAACUUUGUCGAAAAUGCAAUUCCUUACCAAGUGGAGACAUUGAAAACCUUAAAAUCCAAUCUUUCCAAGCAAAGACGUUUAGAAAAUCGUAGCAGCAUGCGUCAAUUACAAAUGAAAGCUUCACAAUCCAUCAAACGCGCCAGAGCAUUGCUAAGAGAAAUGGAAACCUUAAGAAAUCAAGUUGCUGAUGUCGAUCUACAAACAUUUGAUAAUAAAAUGAAUCCAAGCAGACAAUUGAUAUUGGAAGCAAUUGAUAUGUUUAAAAAUGAAGAUUUAAAUGAAUACAGAUCUAAUGCUGCGCUUGAAGAUAUGUCUAAAGACAACACAGAACAAUUAGAAGCAGAAAACCAAAAACGUAUGUUUUUAAUAUCUAUUGAAGAAGAAAAACAAAAACAGAAAAAUAUGUUGGCUAUUGAAUCUGAUGUUAAAAAUGUUGAAAAAGACAUACAAGGCAUUCAAGACCUAUUUCGUGAUCUCAGUAAAUUAGUAAAUGAUCAAAAAGAAGAUGUUGAAAAAGUUGAAGCUCAUGUUGAGACUACACAAGAAAACGUAAUUCAAGCUGAACAGUCAUUACGUAAAGCAGCAAAAUUGAAGAAAAUGUCUUAUCCACUUAUUGGAGCAGUGGUUGGGUCUUGUGUUGGAGGUCCAUUAGGAUGUUUGGCUGGUGCUAAAGUUGGAGUAUUUGCCACUGUUACUUGCUUUGUAUUAGGAUUUACUGGUGGAAAAGUACUUAAGGAUAAAUCUAACGUUGUAGAAGAAACAAAAAACACAACCGAUGUUUUAGUUAAUCAAACAGUAAAAUCACAUACUGAAUGAGUGAUUUGAAUGACAAAUUGAGAUUAAAAUUAAUGAAAAUGGAUGACUGACAUUAUCCAGAUUUUAUAUUUUAUUUACUUCAUAUUUUUAUAAGUCUAUGUAUGUUAUAUUUUUUU